AUGCGCGCCCGGAACCGGCGGCGGAUGGUCGAGGAGGCCGCGGCCUCGCCGGAAGAGGGCACCUCUUCAGCCACUGCCUUGUAUUCCUGCCACACCAGCCUGAGGGUCUCACACUUCAGGCCCCAGGUGGAUCUGCCUCUGGGACACUACCCCUACUUCCUCUACUUGUCAGGCCUGUGCCUGCUCACCCAUGCCAUUAGGAGCUCAGCGGUAUCAGGCCAGUUAGGAGUUGCGGGUGGAGAGGGUAAGGAUAGAGUUCCGGGAUGGGGCCAGGGUCACGGCCCCUGUCCACACGUAGGUUGCCAAGCUAGCAUUGGGGACUGUAACCUGGCAGGGAGGCCGUGCAGGCCCCCUGGAGGCCGCUCAGGCCACUGCAACGCCGCUAUCGCUGGCAUAGGAAGGGGCGGGGGCGUGGUCGCCCACUGGCCUGCACCCACCACUUUGGGGCUGCGGGCCCGGCCAUUUGAGUCCCCAGCUAUUAAACUUGAUCUGGACAUCCUCGGGAGCUUAGAGAGACCACACUUUCAUCGUUCAAGCUACAAGGAUCCCUGCCCAGCGCCGGGGAGCGGUGUCCGCGACCCGCGUGUCUCGGCAGGGCCGGACGCUCUGCCUCGCCAAGGCUCCCCGAGCCCAGCUUUUGCGAUUCUAGUAGGUUCCUUUUCCCAACCCCUUUCCUCUCGCCCUCCCGAACGCACACCAAUCCUCAGCCCUCAUGAGGCGAGCACAGUGACUCCCGAAUGGGGCGCAAAAAGAGGAACGAACACAGGUGAGCGCCCCUUUGCCUGCGACUGGCCGGGCUGUGACAAGAAGUUUGCGCGCUCCGACGAGCUGGCCCGCCACCACCGGACGCACACAGGGGAGAAGCGCUUCCCCUGCCCGCUCUGCUCCAAACGCUUCACCCGCAGCGACCACCUUACCAAGCACGCACGUCGCCACCCUGGCUUCCGCCCAGAACUGCUCCGACGCCCAGGCGCCCGCAGUACCUCACCCAGCGACUCCCUGCCCUGCAGCCUGGCUGGCAGCCCAGCGCCCAGCCCAGCGCCCAGCCCAGCCCCCGCCGGCCUGUAGGGCCCAUCCAGCCCACCCGGAUCUCACCCCCACCCAGAGCACCAGCAACAUGCCUGUUGUCCAGGCACCCUUCCAGCGUCCCCCACGGGCCCCGAGGCCUCUGAUCCUCUCCAGAAAGCAAGGAGGGGGCCUGAGACUAGACUGGGCUCAGCUGGACCUUUUGGAUAUGCCCCCCCGUGGGUGGCUGGGGCCCGUGUUUGUAAAUAGCCACGACCUAUAAUUCUUCCCAUCUGCUAACCUGGGACCCCAGGUGGGUGGCUGGCAGGUGCUCCUCUCUCCCCUUUGCCACUUCCCUGCUUUUGGGGGGGGGGAUAUGUGUGUGGAGGGGGUCAGGAAAGGUACCCCCUGCCCAGUGCUUGGAAUCAGCCCCAGGCCCCUCUCUAGUUUGGGAAGAAGUGAGCAAAGAGCCAUAGAGGAUCCAGGGGUGACCGAGGGCCCACCCGCCUGGGGCUCCUCACCCCGUGGAAAGCCAUUGGAGAUGUUCAGGGAAAUGGGGUGCGGCCCAGCCGUCCCCCACUCGGGUAUUCGAUCUCAGGUGUUAACAGGUUCUGCCCCACUGCCCACGGGAGGCAGGUGGGCAGGGGCAGGGGGAGGGUAACCAUAGGGUCUGGGUUUUGCUUCUGAGAUGGGGGAGGGUGGGAGAGGAGCAGGGUUCUUCCAAAGAGCAUUUGCCUCACUUUGGGGGGGAUGUGGAUAUGGGGAUGGAGUGAAUGCUGGCUUAUUUAUUUUCUUGUCUCUGCUGGCUGGGGUGCUGCCUGCCCCCCUGGGUGGGUGUGGUGUGUUAGUGUAAGUGAGAAGCUGGUGCCGCAGCUACUCCCUGCUCCCAACGUUGGCCUUCCACAGCAUCACGUGACAAUCAUUCCCUCCCUUUAGGGACCAGACAGCCACUGGGCUAAAUGCACCCCUCCCCACCCUGCAGGUGGAGGUGCGAGCCCUGGCUCCAUCCUGCCCCUUGCUGCAUGUCCCCCCGGGCGGCCAGGCCUGGACCAGGGAUUGAGUUGCCGCCCACAAGGAUAGGAGGCAGGAGGACUGGCCCAGAACCCCCUAGGAAGAGCUGGGUUUGUGUGUGUGUGUUUUUGGACCGGGUAGAAUAUUUUUUCAGGCACCAAUCUCUUUUUUCAUCAGGGCCACUGUGGGUGGUCUAUCGUCCUCAGGAGAAGGAGGUGAGGGGAGUGUCGUCGUGACCUAAACUUAGGGUGGAGAGGGGUGGAUGCCAUGUCCUCUGGCAGAGCCGGUUAGAUUUCAUUUUGGACCAAGGGACUGAGGAUCCAGCCCCCCUGCUCUGGCGUGGGAAGGGACCCAGGCUCCCUGCCCCCAGACCCUAAAAGGGCUUGUCUGCCCCGCCUCCUACCUCCCAUUGGCUGCAGGAGGUUUGUGGCAUCUGCAUGUGUUCCAGAGCCUUCCUCGUGGCCUGACUGGGGGCUGGGGGGUUGGAUGGCACUGUUGUGGACCUGGACCCUCAGCCUGGCAGGACCCAGGGCUGGGUGCUCAGGUCCUGUUGGAGCCGGGCUGGGGAGGGUCUGCCUGCAGGUUCAGCCCAGGGGGAGAUCCUUGCAGAGUUGGCCCAUCUGCCCUCAGUCCUUCUCUCCCAGAGGGGAAUGCCCUUGUCCUUGAGGGCAGAGGGGUGUGUGUCCCAUUCACCUUUGUGUCUGUGUGGAUGUCCCCGGCCUGGCCGUGCCUGUCCACAGUGGGCUUCGGGGCCCAGGAAGCUGAGAACGCUAAUGUCUGGCCCCUGUUCAGGGGCCUGAAGAGACCCAUGCCCGCCUCCUCCAAUGGGCCAGUGGUAGCCGUGGCCUUUCACGGGGGGACGGGGGGGUAGGGGGUCGCAUCCCUAGGGACGUGUGCUUUCUCUGGUGGCACCCCUCUCCCUUGCCCUGCCUGCCCUUAUCCUUGUAUUUAAUUAAAUAAGCCCUUUUUUAAACCCA